AUGCUUUCUAAGAUCAUCAAGCUUACAGGCAGAUUUUCGACGCAAGGAAAGCUUCCUCCAAGAUACAAUGAGGCACCCUUACGUCGACAAAGAAUCCCUCAAAGAAGCCCUCAAAAAAUUCCUAGCUCAAAGAAUUUCGGAAAUAGCCAAGAAUACAGCCAACAUAGCGAAUCUCUAUCUUCAGCCUCUUUAAGAGGUCCCAUGAGAUUUGAUCAUUAUUCUGAUGUGACAUUACUCAAUUUGCAAUCAGAAAUUAGAAUAUUACUCAAUUCUUCACAUAAAUUACUCUCCAUAGCCAAUUCAAUACACCAAGCAAAAUCUGAUAAAGGUUAUGAUUAUGAAGGCUCUACGACUAAUAGAAUGUUUAGGUGGUCAGAAUUUUUAUACGAGACAAAAGCUUCUACUGAUGAUAUAGCAAAACUAAUCAAAAUUAUUGAAGACAAAGAAUUAAAUAUGAAGCAAAUCCGAAAAGAGGAAGCUAAAUCUGCUUUACCCAAAGCAAGCCCACAAGUUGAAAAGAAAAGCAUUCAGUCUGAUUCGCAACCAGAAAUAACUGUAGAGAAGCCAAAAAAAAUGGAGACCUCUAAACAGAAUGAAGAAAAUCUUAGUAAAGAAAGUGGAAUUGAAGAAGAGUCCCAUAAAGAAGGGAAGGCCUCUGAACAGAUAGAAAAAACUGUCAGCACAGAAAGCGGGGAUGAAAAUGAUUCUGCCAACAUUAACGAGCUUUACAAAUCAUGCUACAGUACAAUGCAAAACCGUAUGAGUAAAAGCAUGCUAGUCGAGAAACUCAAAACAAUCGACACUUCCGCCUUUGGAGAUCUCACUGAAAGCCAAUCUAGUACAAUUUGUUUGGCUCUAUUACAAUGCUACUCAGAAGAAACUAAAGAUGUCAUAGCUAAAGCUUUAACUUAUCUCGACACAAGUUUCGCAAAAAGCCUCAAAGAUUAUAAAAACUCAAAAGAAAUCGAGUUAUUCCUUCAAAAUCGUUUGAAAAUUUAUAAAGACUGUGAUAUUCCGAUAGCAAAUAAACUUCAAAGUGCUUUAUCUGAGUUUAUGACUCAAAGCUGCGAUCCGAUAAACGAGAUAACUCUAAUCAACAUCAUUAUGCAUCUGCUGCAUCCUAUUAAAAACCAGACUUCUUUUAUUGCUGAUUUAACUCAAUUGGUAAAUAAAAUCAAGCUAGUUGACUUGCAGACUUCGUUUUCAGAAGUUUUGGACAACAUAUUAGAUACUUUUACAUCUGCAUUAGAAAUGGUAACAAUAAUUGGAAUAAGCUUUUCUAAGAACUUUUCCUCAUUUGACAAUUUUAUUAUGAGGUUCGGCUGUUCUGGUGUACCUAACUCAAAUAUCAAUAACAUACCAGCGCAUAGCUGAACUCCUAACCCUUGGGUUUAGGAGGCAUAAGGUUUGCCGCCGCUUGACACAUCUUAGGAUGAUGAUGACCUUUCACCCUGUAGAAGAAGACCACUGAGUAAUUAAAUAAAUAAGUAUUGGAAAUGGUAAAGAACAAAGAUGCUCAGCUUGAAAUAGCUGAAAAAAGAGAGUUAUUUGAAUCAAUCAUGGACAUCCUAGCCGUGCGCUUUAUCAAAGGGGAUUUGGCGUUUGAUCUUACGUCAAAGUAUAUCAAUGCCUUCACCCCUACGAAAAAUAAAGAAAACCUCUUAAAGAUACUUACAAAUCCUGAUCAUCUUGCCUUGAAAAGCAUCGAAAAUAAGUCUAUUCUUCCUUUAUUGAAAACAGGACUACAGACUUACAGCGACGACUAUAAAAAACUCUGCGAAUAUGUCUUAAAGCCUAUUUAUGAGAUUUUUUUCACCAGGCUAAGUAAUAUCAAGAAUCAGAUGAUGGUUGAAAUUCUGGAAUCUCUUAUGAAAACUUGCUAUUACCUCGAAAACAAAGUUGACGAUGCUUGCAGACUUAUUUUAGCUGAUUUAACUCGUGGCAGAAAAGAAAAUAAAUUAGAAGCUUUUUAUAGCAUCCUUAAAUUUAUUUGGGAUUCCACAGGACAGGUUGACAAGGAAAACUUUGAAAAGCUUGCAGAUUUGAUAUUUAAAUUUUCUGGAGACGAAGCUGAAAGUAUGCUAAUAAAUGUAUAGCCUAAGGCAGCUUAUUGCUCGUCCUGUCUACCACUUUGAGGUCUUCUAGUAGAGUUGGUUUGCUCUGUAUUUUCUAAACCAAUUCGCAAGUUGACAAGUGAGCCCAUAAUUGGAUUUGCCAACUCUUGGAGUUUGGAUUGUCAAAACAUUUGAACUGAACUAAAUCCACGAGUUGGAGCUCCAAGUUGUAGAUAGAAAGAGCUAUAAGUCGUCCUGGGCCAUAGCUACUUUGCUAUCUCAGGUCGAUCUUGAUUUAGAUGAUUUCUGGCAGGAGUUUUUCAAAGAAGUAGAAAUUACAUAUAAGCACGAAGAAAAAUAUUAUAAAAGCCUUUAUCAGAUUCUAUUGAAUUUGAAUGGGACGCCAAAAUAUGAUACUUAUCGACACACUUUAGAACCAUACGCAAGUAUAAUGGAGACGAAUUACAAAGAGCAGAUUACGAUUGGGAGGAGUUAAACAAGGAUUAUUUCAGCUUCUAGCCGGCCUAGCUUCAGUUUCGCGCUCAUGCGACACUAAGCACUAAAGCCACCUAACACUCUUCCUUAAGGUCCACCAAAAAUGGUGACGUCUUCUGUCGAUAGGGAAUUCAGGCAAUUAUAGUAAUUCCAAUAGCUGGGGACUCUCCCAAACCUGCUUGAGCCAGACUUGCAGUAAUAGACUCUCUUAACCCUGUAAGAGGGGAAGGCCCAAUACCUCCUUCUGGCCAUUUAAAGGCAGCAAACACUCCUCCAGAAAUAGACUGAUGAUACCGUUUCGGUAUAUUGUCUAUGGGUCAAGGGAAAUAUCCCAGCCAGCCCCUCAAAUAUACUCCAGAAUUAUUGAUGAAUUACAAAGAAGAUGUUGAAAAAGCAUACAGGCAGCAUCAAAAACCCCGCGCUUAUGAGUUUUUGAAUAAUUUACUAAAAGAAAGAAAAAUUGAGUAUCAAGAAAAUUUUUAUGAUGGAUUUUACUUCGAUUUUGCAAUACCUUCACAGAAGAUUGCAAUAUCACUUAUGUCUUAUGAAAAUUACGUGUUUCCUGAGCUGCAAAUAAAGCAAAGCUCACUAGCGCCAACCCGCUACCUGGAAAGUAAAGGCUGGAAAGUUUGCAAUGUACCGUACUUUGCAUUAAAUUCUUCAAAAUUAGCAGGAGCAGUUGAGUCAGUUUUAGAUUUCAAUAAACCAGAUAAUACAAAUAAUCAGUAA